CUCCACAAGCUCCAAAAUCAUCCAAACCUGACCCCAUUCCAUUCCCAUCGAAAGCCAAGCCAUGGACACCCUCUCAACCUCCCUCAAUCCAAUCUUCACUAUCCCCAAAUCCAAUCUCAAAAACCACCACCACCACCCUUCAAUCCCAUCCAAAUCCAAACCCAAAACCACCAAACUCUCAAACAAAACCACCUCUUUCACCACCCAAAACCACUUCCUCCCUCCCCACAUCAACUCCUCUCGACCAUCCUCGCCGCUCAAACAGUACCCCAAGCCACCGGAGCCCCACCACCGCCCUUCCACGGGCUACGCCGUCGCGCUGCUCGACGCCGCACGGCGCCACAACGCGGUGGGCGCAGUCCGCAGAGACGUCGGGCGGCUGUUGAGAUGGCUGCGCGACGACCAGCUCCGCCACGUGAUGGCGGACCCUGAUUUGACGGCGAAGGGAGAGUUAGUGAAGGAGGUGGUGAAGCAAGGCCGGUUUGAGAAGCAUUUGGUUAAACUGGUGAAGCUCUUGGCGGAGAAAGCUAAGCUGGAUUUGUUGGUGUCAGUGUUGUCGGAAUUCGGAAGGAUUUGUGACGAACUUAGCGUGAGGAAUGAUCAGGUGGUGCUGGUUCCAUGUGGGGUGAAAAUGGAGGAAACUCAGAUGUUGGAGAUAGUUGAGAGGAUUCAGAGGGUGACUGGAGCCGAUAAGGUCACUUUAACAAAAUUAGUUCAUCCUAUAAUUGUGUAAUAAUACUCCAUUUUGAAUUCUCAUGCUCUGUUUGAUUUAAUUUGUCCCCGGUUUUCAGUUAUCAUUAAAAAUACAACAUAUUUGCGUUUUCUUUCUA